GGCUACCACUUCUGUCAUUUUCUCCCCUCGCCCCUGGGAAACGGUUAUCGACAAACGGAGGAGGGUAGAAGCACACAGAUGUGACCGCUGAGGGCCCUGUUCCAGUUGACUGGGGACCUUGGUGAUCUGUGUGUCUCUGCUUUACAAGGACGGCGAGGAGGGAAGAAAGAAAGGGGGCGGGCGAGCUCUAGGAAGGAAGGGGACAAAAAGUGGUCUGUUCCACUGGCCUCUCCCAAUGAAUGAUAAUAAAUCAGUUCCAGAGCUUUGGAGGGGGCUUGGUCUCCUGGGAUUGUCUCCUUUGUGAGUUCUCAUCCUCCCCAUCCCACUCACCGGCCGGACAAUGACCCUGGCCCGAAACAGAAACGUGAAUACCCUUAUCCCAUUGGCAACCCGGACAUGGUAUUAUGACGGGCACGCGGCAGACCGGCCCCAGCUACCCGUGGGCAAGACUGGUGGGUUUUCUUCAGAUGUUUCGGGAAUGCGCCGCAGGACAGUGGAGAUGCCCAUCCCAUGGUUCUUUGUCUCCAGCGUUUGCAGAAUUUCCGUUCGCAGUAUUGCGCAGUGGAGGGGGCAGACAUCCACUCUCUCAACCUUCAUCAGUCCGGCCUCUUCCUCAGCCACGGGACAAUGGGCUCAAAGGAAUUCCCAGAAUGCCGCCCUCUGGAAUGCGCAGCCCCGAACAAAGACCAUGUCGGCCGAAUCGGGCUAACCACCACCUAUUUACUUACUUCGCCAGGUAUCUGACGUUCAUUGAACACCGACAGCCCGCGCAACCAACCGCCAGCCAGAUGCCACAAAAUGGGCCAGACAACAACCAAACUAAAUCGAAAACGAGCAUUCCCCGCGCCAACUCCGACCUCAACGCAGUUUUCCCAACCUGUCCUGCCCAUUCCCAUAUUCUAUCAUACAAGCAGAGAUUAGAAAUGUGACAGAGUUGCGCCCCAAACCCCUGCUAGCCCCCAUGGCCCAUCAACUACUAAAAAAAAACGCCGCGUGCGCUAAUGCAAUCAUGGAAGAAAGCCCUGGCCGGCUU